AUGAGUGAGCGGACCACGAGCAACUGGAGCCCAGGCAGCUGGGUGCUAGCACUUUACCUGGCCUGGCUGUGGACAUGGCUGGCCUCUGCUUCCUUGCAGCCUCCCACAGCCACAGUCCUAGUAAAGCAGGGCACCUGUGAGGUGAUCUCCGCGCAUCGCUGCUGCAACCGGAACCGCAUCGAGGAGCGCUCCCAGACCGUCAAGUGUGCCUGCCUCUCUGGCCAGGUGGCGGGCACUACAAGGGCAAAGCCCUCCUGUGUGGACGCCGCCAUCGUCUUGCAGAAGUGGUGGUGUCAGAUGGAGCCCUGCCUGCUGGGGGAGGAGUGCAAGGUGCUCCCGGACCUGUCAGGGUGGAGCUGCAGCAGUGGACACAAGGUCAAAACCACCAAGGUAUUGAAGUCACACGAUAACCCUCGGGGUCAUGGCUUAGACAGGACAGUCUGGAUUGUCUUGAUUGUCUGGAUUGAAGAAUGGCUUCUGGUCACACCAGCCAGCAGAUAUUCAACAGCGUUUUGUGACCCUCGCGGGAUCACACAGGAUGGCGGGGAGAGGAGACUAGUGAGGUGUGAACAAGGCUACGCAGAGGCAAGGGUUCCGGCCUGGCUGGUGGUCCGAGGGGUCCUGGGCUUCAUGCCCCAAGCAGCCCAUGUCACCGCUGGCGCUUUCUCCCAGGAGACUGGGUGCAGCUGCGAGCUCAGCCAGCACGAACCUCGGUCGGUACUGGCGACGUCUCCAUUCGCUUUCUGA